AUGGAUGUGGGCGCGGGCGCGGCGGUGGGUGGGAAUAUGCUGAGAGAGGUGGAAGAGACAAGUCUUGAUGAGAUCCUUUCCACCCUCCGCCAAAAUCUCGCCUCCCUCACAGCAGCCUCGACCGACCCCAGCACCACUCAACGAACAACCACAACCGCCCAGCCCAAGCAAACCUCAAUUGCGGCACUCGAUGCUCUCAUUUCACAGCACUUCCGCGACACACUUUCAACCCAAGUCUCCAUUGCGGGGCGAGCUCUACCUCUUAUCUACGCCAUUGUCGCACGACUCGUAACAAGCGAGUCUCCCCAUUCCCCAUCUCCACCUGUUCCUGGAGAGCAUCCUGGGCAAGGCGCAAAUUCGGGCAACAGCUGUGGGAAGACCGUCUUGGUUGUCGAUCUAGAGGGUCGGUUUGAUACCACAAGGUUAAGUUGUUCUGAGGCCGACCUAAAGCACGUCUAUGUCUACCGUCCGCCGAGAUGUAUGUCCGGAGUGGAGGAGGUGCGUAAGUUGGUCGCUGAGGCCCAAAAAUGGAUGCUCUAUGGACGACAUGCGAGUCGUAGGAGGGAGUGGUGGGGUACGAUUGUGAUCGGGGGUCCUGGGGGAGACAUCAAUGCCGGCUGGAAGGGCUGGGUGAGGGUCGACCUUGAUGGGGACGGGGUCGGGUUUGGAAUGGGAGGCGGGCUCCUUUCGGCUGAAGAAGCUUUAACAACUAGGGAGAGGAUACAGGAUGUCGUAGAUGAAGCUGGAUGGGUUGUCAGCUCUGACUGGGGAGGCUUCAAGUUUCGGGAAGGGCGGGCUUAUGAAGAGAGGCAGGUCCUCGAAUAA